AUGCCUCAACCAUCACCGGACCAGAUCCACGUGCUAGUGGUUAUUUCACCGCCGACUGUCAGGUCGAAGCGUCCAAUUGGUGAUGAAAUUGAUGGUAUAGUGAAAAGAUUGAGACGACUGGAAUCUGAAUCGGCAGCGAUCAAGCUCGCAUUGGCAGCCAUCAAGCCCAAGACGCUGAUCAAGCUCACACCUUUGUCCGUGCAUGAAGACGAGUUUCGACUCGACAAUCUGUCUAUCACGCUGCAGAGUGACGACCCAAUUGUCAUGACCCCUACCUUGCAUAAGUUCUGGGAGGAAUCCGGCGGAUUUCCCCCUGACAGGUCUGGGAAGUCCGAAGGGAAAAUUGAAACCGAUCUCAUCGCGGAUAUGGAAUCGCAUCAAAAACACCAAGCUCGUUCAAAAGGGGAUGGAAUUGAUGCAUAG